CCCGGCCCGAACUCAAGGCGUCCGGGGAAACGAAACUCUCCCCUCCACUAAACGCCUACACUACCCUCGCAAUUAAGGGGAUGCUAAAGCAUCCCAUUAAUUCAAAUUUGGGUGAAAUUUGAUGGAUGGAUAGAGUGUCGUGCGAGCUGCGGUAGGAGACGGACGUAUUGAGGUUAGGACGGCACAAAGUUGAAGGAAUAAGCGAAAAUAAAGCGGGAGUUUAUUUAUAUUCAGAUUUUAUUGUACAUAUUAAAUAAUAGAAUAAGUGUAAUUAUAAAGAACAUGUAAAAAGUGAAGGUGGACGAGGAGCAGAAGGAGGAGGAGAUUGGUUAUGACGGGCCGCCCCCGCUAACCAGAUUUGAUGAUGAAGAUAGAGAAGAAGGAAAAAUAAAUGGAAAAGAUGAUCAAAUAGAAAAGAGGAAAAUAAUUAAUGAAGAUAACCUACCACAAGGAAAAGGCGGGAACAUACAAAAAAGAAAGUAUAGAGAGGAUUCCUCGGAGGAAGAGGAAAGUAAGGAACUAACGAAAGGAAAGGUUGGCAGCAUGCACCAAGAAGAAAACAUAGCACUAGAUAACAUGGAUGAGACGAACAAUGGGAAGAGACGAAAGGAAAGAGGAAGGUAAGUAACCCUAAAGGUGGCAACACUGAGUAUAACGGAAAAAUUUUAAACGAGAGAACAAAGAACAAAGAAGCGUCUAACGAAGUAAAGCACACAAGCCCUGGAAAAAUAAUAAGAAUCAUUGAAAGUAAAAGUUUAAACAAGAAAAUAAAGAUCAUUGACGAACAAGGCAAGACCAAGGAUAUAACGAAUAAGGAAAACAAAUUGGAAGAUACGAAUAACGGAGAAACAAAGGUAAGAGAGCACACAUACAAUAAGGUGAACAAUGAAAGUGAAAAUAUAUAUGGCGAGGACCUAGAAAGCGGAGAAUACACGGUAUGCGUUAAUCUAAACAAAGACAAAAUUUCUACUAAAAGGAAAUAUAAUUUGGUAAAAAUCUAUAAUGCAAUAACUGUUUUAGGUGUGAAAAUAACGGAGAUAAGAAUGGUGGCAUUCUCAAGAGCAGAAAUAACGACGAGAUCUAGAAGAGAGGCUAAUAAUGUUAUUGAGUAUGGGAGAAGGAAGGAAACAGGGUACGAGGCAUAUGUACCAAAGAGGAAAAGAACAAGAAGAGGAGUGACGAAAGAUUGGGAGGGAUCGUUGGAAGAACUCCAGGAUUGUAUAAUGCCAGGCCAGGGCGAAUAUGAAAUAAAGAGAUUGAAAAGAAGAAAGCUCAGGGACGGAAAGGCAGUAUGGGAGGAAAGUGAUGCAGUUCUUUUCAUAUUCAAGGGAGAUUCACUCCCAACGAGAGUUUACAUAGGACAGGGGCACGUAUGGCUGAAGAUAGAGCCAUUCAUAGAAAACAUAAAGCAGUGUUUCAGGUGUUUUAGGUUUGGGCAUUUACAAAAGGAUUGCAGGGCAAAGGGGAAAAGGUGCAUGAUAUGCGCUGAAGAGUACCAUGGGGAGUGCAAAAAAGAAGCAAAAUGUAUAAAUUGCGGAGGAAUCCAUAGAUCAAAUGCAAGGGAGUGUCUUAUUUAUCAGAGGGAAAAUGAAAUAAAGAAGACAAUGGCUUAUAAAAACGUGUCAUACUCACAAGCGAGGGGCCUAUUAAGAGACAAAUAUACAGGACGCAAGUUUGAUUUAGAUAUCGAUAGUGAGAAGGAAUUCCCCCAACUCAAAAAUAAAUACGAAAACAAGGUAGAAAGAUGGGAGAAAUUAAAUGUGCCUGAAAGAGGAGGAGCGAUAAACGAAUGGGACUAUAGAAGAAAUAUGAACAAACCUGUAAAUAGAGGACCAAAUAAUGAGAAUGAACACAGAUAUUCCCAAAAAAGGGAUGAACAAUAUGGAGCGUUUAGGUACACGGAUAGGAACGAAGAAAGAGCACUAAGACAAGCUAACAGAGAGGGUAGAGUCAAGACUCUAAACAGAAUACCACCAGCAAGGGAGAGGCCAUGGGUGAGAGACCCACCUAGAGUGGAUAUCUAAUGAAGAAGAAAUGCUCAACAAAAAUCUUCCGAUACAUAAAAGGAUGGCUGAACAGCAGAACGGCCACGGUGGCUCGAAGAAACGAUGAGGAAGCUGAAGAAAAAACGAGAGAUUGAUGAACAUGGCCAAGGCUGGAGCGGAUAGACCGGAGAUCGAG